AAGGCACUGCUGCUCAUAGUAGCUUGACAUCAAUCAAGAGGCAUGGCUGAAUCGUCGUCAGGAUUUAAUUAUGACUUUUGUUUCAAAAGUAGGAAUAAAGAAAAGAAGGAACGCACACGCUACUUUUCAUGUGUUCCGAACAGAAAAAGGAUGAUCAGGCCACUGCUCUGCUCGUUCUGUUCUGAUGCUGCCUUUUUGGACUCGAGCUGUUUUUUACCUUCACAGCAUUGCACAAUGAUUGGAGACUGGAGAGAGUGAGAGUGAUGCUUUGCUGCUGACUCAUCUUCUUACCGAAACCUUCCAGGGGUGUCUGGGCUAUGAUUGCAGCCUUCCUUGCCUACUGCACGCUUCAGGCACCUUCAACGAUACUUAUUAGGCCCCACCCUGCUGUCUGGCACCUGGUACAUGGACUGGCUGUCGUUUACCUCGUUGCUCUUACCUUCCUCCUUUUCCAGAAUCGUGACGAUGCUCGCCAGUUCAUGAAACUCCUUCACCCUGAUCUUGGAGUUGAAUUGCCAGAGAGAUGUUAUGGAGCUGAUUGUCGUCUGUAUGUUCCAGAAAACCCUAAAAACAAGUUCAUAAAUAUUUAUGAGACAUUGUUUGAUGAAUUUGUUGUUGCCCAUAUCCUUGGGUGGUUUGGCAAAGCUGUGAUGAUACGAAAUCAACUUCUACUUUGGGUCUUGUCGAUCGGCUUUGAGCUACUGAAACUCUGAAAGGAAGCAGUAGUAGAGGGAGGCUACAGCACCAGGCACCGACCUUUUUUCCUCUAAAGGAUCUUUCCGUGCUCGCUGAAUCCUAUUCUGUUCUUUUAGCUUCAUUCGUCUCCAUGGACAGCACGACGACAAGUCUGCUCUUCACGCAUUCUGACGAGGACGACAAUGGGGUGUUGAUCUGGCGAUCUGCCACCUACUAUUGAUCUAAUAUUAAGUUUAUAAUUUUUAGGGGUUUCUUGGUUCCAUAAUGCUUGGCUUGAUUUGAUCAGCCAUAUGCCUAUGUAUUGGUUUUGUAAAUCAUUCAAUAGCAUGUACUUUUGCCAUUCAUCCAAUAACAAAA